AUGAGGAUUAAAUUGCACAAUUAUCCUACAGUUGCUGCUAUUGAAGCAGGGAAAAACAUUGCACUAGCUAACAAAGAAACGUUAAUCGCUGGCGGUCCUUUUGUUCUCCCUCUUGCACAUAAGCAUAAUGUUAAAAUUCUUCCUGCGGAUUCUGAACAUUCUGCUAUCUUUCAGUUGAAUUUGUAUGAAAAAGUUGCCAACUUUGGUCUGCCAGUUGUGUUUUUAGGAUCCGGGGGUGUAAAAAAAGGGUGUUUUUAUGUUAAAGAUUUGAUUUUGUCAUCUGGGUCGGUCUCAGAAUUGCCUAAGGUUGAGAUCAGUGGUGAUCAUACUGCAGCUUUGUUGUAUUCUUCUGGGACAACUGGGGUUAGUAAAGGUGUGGUGUUGAGUCAUAUGAAUUUUAUUGCGGUUUCGCAAAUGUUGACUUCUGAUCAGAGGUUAAUGGGUGGGAAAGAUUAUGUGUUUUUGUGUUUGUUGCCUAUGUUUCAUAUAUUUGAGAAGUAUAGGGUGACUUAUUUGUGGGUUGUUCCGCCGGUUUUUCUUGCGUUGGCUAAGCAGGAAGUGGUGAAUAAGUUUGAUUUGUCGUCGUUGAAGCAGCUCGGGUCGGGUGUUGCGCCUUUAGGGAAGGAGUUGAUGGAGGAGUGUGCUAAGAAGCUGCCUCAUGUUGUGGCUCUUCAGGUGAAUUUCAUGAUCUUAUUUACAGUUUUGUUAGUUGAAAAUUUUGUACUUGUUGUUAGUUAUUUAUGA